CCCGAUUGCUCAUAGAGACCUACCAAGAGAGCACAGUAUCCAUGGCCUUAGAAAUCUCAAGUAUCCAUUUCUCAGCUCAAAAAAGGCUGGAGAAUGCUGGAGGAGACCUCAAGGAUGGCCACCACUAUGAAGGAGCUGUUGUCAUUCUGGAUGCUGGUGCCCAGUACGGGAAAGUCAUAGAUCGAAGAGUGAGAGAAUUGUUUGUGAAGUCGGAAAUCUUUCCCUUGGAAACACCAGCAUUUGCCAUAAAAGAGCAAGGAUUCCGUGCUAUUAUCAUCUCUGGAGGACCUAAUUCUGUGUAUGCAGAAGAUGCUCCCUGGUUUGAUCCAGCAAUAUUCACUAUUGGCAAGCCCGUUCUUGGAAUUUGCUAUGGCAUGCAGAUGAUGAAUAAGGUAUUUGGAGGUACUGUACACAAAAAAAGUGUUAGAGAAGAUGGAGUCUUCAGUAUUAGUGUGGACAACACUUGCUCAUUGUUCAGGGGCCUUCAGAAGGAAGAAAUUGUUUUGCUUACCCAUGGAGAUAGUGUAGACAAAGUAGCUGAUGGAUUCAAGGUUGUGGCACGUUCUGGGAACAUUGUGGCAGGUAUAGCAAAUGAAUCUAAAAAAUUAUAUGGAGCACAGUUCCACCCUGAAGUUGGCCUUACAGAAAAUGGGAAAGUAAUACUGAAGAAUUUCCUCUACGAUAUAGCUGGGUGCAGUGGGACCUUCACCGUGCAGAACAGAGAACUGGAGUGCAUUCAAGAGGUCAAAGAGAGAGUAGGCACAUCAAAGGUUUUGGUUUUACUCAGUGGUGGAGUAGACUCAACAGUCUGUACAGCUUUGCUGAAUCGUGCUUUGAGCCAAGAUCAGGUCAUUGCUGUGCACAUUGAUAAUGGCUUUAUGAGAAAACGAGAAAGCCAGUCUGUAGAAGAGGCCCUCAAAAAGCUUGGAAUUCAGGUCAAAGUGAUAAAUGCGGCUCAUUCUUUCUACAAUGGAACAACAACUUUACCAAUAUCAGAUGAAGAUAGAACUCCACGAAAAAGAAUUAGCAAAACACUAAAUAUGACAACAAGUCCUGAAGAGAAAAGAAAAAUUAUUGGGGAUACUUUUGUUAAGAUUGCCAAUGAAGUAAUUGGAGAAAUGAACCUGAAACCAGAGGAAGUUUUCCUUGCCCAAGGUACUUUACGGCCUGAUUUAAUUGAAAGCGCAUCCCUUGUUGCAAGUGGCAAAGCUGAACUCAUCAAAACCCAUCACAAUGACACAGAGCUUAUCAGAAAGUUGAGAGAAGAGGGAAAAGUAAUAGAACCUCUGAAAGAUUUUCAUAAGGAUGAAGUAAGAAUUUUAGGCAGAGAACUUGGACUUCCAGAAGAGUUAGUUUCCAGGCAUCCAUUUCCAGGUCCUGGCCUGGCAAUCAGAGUAAUAUGUGCUGAAGAACCUUAUAUUUGUAAGGACUUUCCUGAAACCAACAAUAUUUUGAAAAUAGUAGCUGAUUUUUCUGCAAGUGUUAAGAAGCCGCAUACACUGUUACAAAGAGUCAAAGCUUGUACCACUGAAGAGGAUCAGGAGAAGCUGAUGCAAAUUACAAGUUUGCAUUCAUUGAAUGCCUUCCUGCUGCCAAUUAAAACUGUGGGGGUGCAGGGUGACUGUCGUUCCUACAGUUACGUGUGUGGAAUCUCCAGUAAAGAUGAGCCUGACUGGGAAUCUCUUAUUUUCCUGGCUAGACUUAUACCUCGCAUGUGUCACAACAUUAACAGAGUUGUCUAUAUAUUUGGCCCACCAGUUAAAGAACCUCCUACAGAUGUUACUCCCACUUUCUUGACAACAGGGGUGCUCAGUACUUUACGCCAAGCUGACUUUGAGGCCCAUAACAUUCUCAGGGAGUCUGGCUAUGCUGGGAAAAUUAGCCAGAUGCCAGUGAUUUUGACCCCAUUGCAUUUUGAUCGGGAUCCACUUCAGAAGCAGCCUUCAUGCCAGAGAUCUGUGGUUAUUCGAACCUUUAUUACUAGUGAUUUCAUGACUGGUAUACCUGCAACACCUGGCAAUGAAAUCCCUGUAGAGGUGGUGGUAAAGAUGGUCACUGAGAUUAAGAAGAUUCCUGGUAUUUCUCGAAUUAUGUAUGACUUAACAUCAAAGCCCCCAGGAACUACCGAGUGGGAGUAAUAAACUUCUUGUUCUACUAAA